AUGAAGUUCUUCAUUCCCUGCAUUGCCGCUAUCUUCGCCACUGGAGUGCUGGCCGCUCCAACUCCCGAUGCUUCCCUCAAUGUCCCUCUCGACAAGAGGGAUGAUCGCGGGCAAUACACCGUCUCCGGCCUCGGAUCCCGCAAGAAGGCCAUCAUCGACGCGGGCGGCAACUCCCUUGAUCUCGCCAUUGCUAUGCUCGAAAUCGAGACUAUGAACACCGCCCACUAUCCCUACGGUGACGGCAAGACCUACGACGCCGCCAACUUCGGUCUGUUCAAGCAGAACUGGGGCUUGCUCCGGAAAAGCUCGGAUGUCUACGCCGACGUUGCGUCUCGUUGGGAUUGCCAGAACUAUUACGGUUACGAUAAGUGGUUCGCUGGACACCGCAACGGCGCUUCUGGUCUUGCUAAUCCCUACACUGAGGAUAUCAAUACCUACAAGUCUGCCGUCCAUUGGAUCCAGCAGCAGAUUGACAGCAACGAGAAGUACAAGUACGAUGACACUCGCUUUUGGGUCAAUGUUCGUGCCAUCUAA